AUGUCCCAGCGACCGCCCUACCGGGCCUUGCUCCCCGCCUCUCGUUCCAGCAACGACCGCGAGGGCGACCGCGACCGCGACCGUAACCGGGACCGGGUCGGGGAUGCCUCAUCACCCGAGACGGGCUCCGUCGGCCCUUCCCGCACCCGGCGCCGGUCGGGCGUCAGCACUGCCUGCUCCGAGUGUCGUGCCCGCAAGAAAAAGUGCAACGGCGCCCGCCCAACCUGCUCGAACUGCCUGAUCCGCGGCAUCGAUUCCUGCCACUAUAACGACCCCGCCGAAGACCCGGCCUCGGAGCUCCUCAAGCUCCUGCGCUCCCUCUCUCUGGGCCGCGCCCGCGCCGCCCUCGCCAUCCUCCGCUCCCAGCACGACCCCGGCGCUGCCCUCUCCAUCAUCCGCCGCUCGGGCUUCACGCCCCAGGCCACGGCUGGCACCCCCGGCGUGGGCGCACCAGGCUCGACGCCCCCGUCUCUCGAGGCCGAGCUCUCAACUGCCUUCCCCAACGCCUACCUCAAGCUCAAUCCAGUCUCGACCGGCGCUCUUAGCCAGAGCUACCUGGUAGAAUCGGCCAAGCUGCCUGCCAGGUCCCCCGGCUUGACCCAAGGCCAGCAAGGAGAACCGGGGGCACAAGGGCCAUUCCGUGAACAAGACACCGCCAUCCCCAGCACCAAUGGGUCAGAGCAUUACAACAGCCAACGCCUCGAUGACGAUUCCGCGGUCCGCCGGUAUCGCCAGCCACACGCAGCCGGUGGCAAGUCUGAGGACCACUUUGAGCUGUGCGAUCAGCGCCUUCGGGCUCUGGACGUCCGCUUCUGGACCAACGUCGAUGUCCCCAAUGAUUUUGCUGCCCGUGCCAUUUCGCUCUAUCUCGAGACGGAUCACCCGCUGCUUGGGCUUUUCGAUCCGGAACUAUUUGUCACCGACCUUGUAGAACACCGUACUCGGUACUGCUCGUCAUAUCUCGUCAAUGCGCUCAUGUACCUGAGCUGUCAAAUGUAUAGCGCGCUCGACAAACGAGCUUCACAGUACAUCAACCCGUUCUGGAACGAGGCCGAUCGGCUCCGCCUGUCGGAGGGCGACCGCGCGUCAAUCUGCAACAUAUCGGCUUUCGUGCUCAUGAGCCUGUCACUAACCGGGCAUGGCAAAGACCACGAUGUCAUCAAGUUUUCAAAGCAGGCUAAUGUCAUGGGAAAGGAGCUCGGCUUCUACGACGUUCAAAACCCGCUCGCCGGCCCACACCCCGCACAAAUGAGCGACGACGACCGCAUGUGCUGCUAUGCCGCCUGGGGCAGUUUCAACUGGAGCAUGAUUCUUGCCCUCUUCCAUCGCCAGCCUGAAGUAGUGGUGAUAGACAAGCCGCCUUCGUUGCCCAUCCUGGAGGACUGGGCCAGGACGGGAUCGCGGGGUUCGUCAUGGACUACGUCCAAGUCCACCAGUACGUCCGGCCACGGCACACCCACGGGUCCCCCAGGCCUACCUGUCCUGGUAGGCGCGACGUUCACGGCGCUUUGCCAAUUCUGGCGUAUCAUGCAUGGCGCACUCUGGGUCUACUAUCCAAAUAAGAUGACAAGCCCGCCUGAGGAGCUCAAGUGGAAGCUCACGGAGCAUAAGUUUCGCGAGAUUCUCGCAUGGACCUCGCAACUCCCCGACGCUCUCACCCGUGAGGGCCCGCACGCGUCGCAGGUGGACGUUCUACACAUGUGGCUGCACGCAGCACUAAUGGACCUGCUGCGGCCGUUUACGGGCCAGGGGCAAUCUGGGGACGAGCGGCUGACAACGUUUGCGGCCGAUGACAACUCGGCCAUCGCGGCAUACAAGGCGUCGACCAACCAGCUGAAGCGGCUGAUCCUCGACUACCGGACGAACCACGAGGCGUCGGCGUACUCGAUCCUUUGGCACACGGGCCUGCUGUACCUGGUGAAUGCGAUGCUGGGGAGGCCGCGGGACCCGGACUGGCACAUAUACUUUCUGCUGUGCAUCCACGGGUACGAGAACCUGCGGCGGCCGUACCUGAUCUCGGAGGCGAUCGGCAAGAGCCUGCUGGCGCUGACGCUGCGCAAGACGGACAUGCCGGCCGAGGAGGCGCGGCGAAUCCUGGCCGAGAUUGAGGGGGGCGGGCUGGAGCUGGUCAAGGAUGAAAUCCGGGCGCCGUUCAUGGGGGACCUGGAGAUGGCGCUCAGGGACCCGGAGCACGCGAGCGUCGAGAUGACGGCGGGGCUGUUUGAGGAGAUGGCACUGUUCAACGAGGUGCUCGAGCAGGGCGAGAUGGACACGUCAGAGUAGGCGAGGGAG